UAUAAUAUCUUUGUAUCUGUAUUUAUGACCCGAUUUCCUUUCUUAUAUCCUGCAUCUCUUUACAUGUAUUGCCGGACCUUUUGGAGACGAGAUGUUUCUCCGUUACAUGUAUUUCCCCCCACUCUUCAUCCUCCACAAAAGAGAGACAUCCACUUUACAUUCACCGCAGAGUCAGCUCCCCAUUCUCCAUCUCUGAACCUGUUGAAUAAUCCAUUACAAAAGCUUUUUUUUUUUCUUUUCCAGGAGUAUAAUGUCACAAAGACGUAAAGUGAGCUGAGAGUAUAACAGGGAGAGCUGUCACCGCCGUGUCACCCCCCCCCCCCCCCCGUCCUCAAUCUCAUAUUCUCAUUCCCUCUCUCUCUCGCUGCCGGCUUCACUUCUCUUGCUCCUUCUCACACAUGCACUUUCUCGUUUUUUAUUUCCUGCCUCCUCUUGGGAAAUGGCUUCUUCGUUGUUCUACAGGACGAGCAAUACCACGUCCCCGCCGGACAACUGCGAAAGACUUCUGGGGACACGUGUCCUGGUGGCCGCUGCCUACUCCGUGUAUUCGGUGUCUGGGACUUUAGCCAACGUUUUAGUCAUCUACCUGGUUUGCUCUUUUAAGAAACUCAAGACGACCAGUAACGCGUUCAUCGUGAACGGCUGCGUUUCCGACCUACUGGUCUGCGCGUUCUGGAUGCCUCAAGAAGCCAUAUUCAUUUCCACCGGUCGGCUGGAGAACCCCACUUACAGGGUCUUCAUGGAGGGGGUCUUCUUCCUUUGGAUGACCGUCUCUUUGUUGUCCCAUUCCCUCAUUGCGUUGAACCGGUUUGUGCUCAUCACCAAGCUGCCGACGGUCUACCAUACCGUGUAUCAGAAGAGGAACACAGAGUGGAUGAUCGCCAUGGCAUGGGUCAUGCCUCUUGCAUUUUUACUUCCUUGGCUCUUCGGACAGCGGCCUUAUGACGUGGACCAUCAAUGCCCGAAACUUAGACUUUAUGUCUUCUGGGGCCAUGAAGUCCCAACCUCCAGUUCCUACACGGCCAUCCUUUCUGCCGUCACAGUCUUGAGCCAAACCAUAAUACUUUUUCACUGCUAUUUCCGCAUCUUCAGAAAAGUGCAAGUCAGCCUGAAGAGAGUGAGCGUCCUCAACUUCCAGGUGGUCCACAACCUGCCCUGCUCGUGUCCUCGGAAGGACAAACGUCUGGGACUAUAUGUGCUGAUUGUGUGUUGCGUCUUCACCGUGACCACCGAACCCUUCGCGUGGUCCGUCCUCUACGGCUUGUUCCAACCAUUACCCCGGGGAGUGGAGAUGGGCAGCUGGCUCUUGCUUUGUCUCCUCUUCGUGCUUAACCCCUUCAUCUACACCUGGAAGAAUGAAGAGUUCAGACGGUCCUUUCGAGCUGUAGUCGGAGGGGAGCUCUGGAAAAGCUCAGCAAACAGCGCUGAUCCAGCAGUGCAUACAAUUUCCCAAAACGAGUCAUAAGGCGUGCUUCAUUCACGGUUCUACCAGCGCACACAUCGUCCCUCAGGACAAAUACAACAUAAAAUCUCAGGAGAGCAUCUGACUCAGAAAUCGAAGCUGGUUCUCGACUAUGUAUGGCCUCGGUGUUCUCCUCACUUUUGUAUUGAUGGUUUCUAUGGAAACAUACUGCAUUCAUCCCCCCUCGGCUUCAUGGGCCGGUGUAAAUUAGCCCUCGGUGGGCAACGCAGGUUGGAAUUCUCACAAUGUAACAUGUAUUAUUUGCCGGAGUUGCCGGGGAGGAAUUUCUGAGAAGAAAGAACAUUGCAGUGAAGUAAACAGACUUUGUGCAGUGAUUUUAUACAUUUUGCCAAAAGAAAGAAAAAUGUGUUCCACAAUAUCUGAAUGUUUUCUGUUAGUAGAGCCAACAGUAAAGACAACGGAGAAUAAGAAUGUGUUUGUGACAGGAUCAGAGAAUAGUCUGCAGGAUGAUACAUUUUAUUCUGACUGGUUUUAUUAUCUUGUAAAAAUUAAAGAUAUUACUGUGUAAAUAUUGGAAUAUCUGGAAUAGAUGUCCAUUCUAUACCAGCCCAAUUUGCCUUAAAAUUUGGUGUGUAUGGAAAGGCUGGAUACGCCACUCAAGACUGAUGUGAACAGAUGCUUACUUGUGAACUUUGGCCAUCUUAGGGGACAUAUACUUAUAUAUAGAUAUAUAUGGCAAAAAACACUAUAGUUUCGGAAAAUGGUUGCACCGAGUCAUCAGGUCCAGCAUUGUGCAUAUACAUCUGGAGUAAUGCCCCAGUUAAAGGGGUACUCCACUGGAAAACAUUUUUCUAAAUCAACUGGUGCCAGAAACACUAAACAGAUUUGUAAAUUACUU